UGUUGCAUCAUUAUUUAAAAUUACAUUGAUAUUGCAUUAAAGCUUUUGAUAAUAAUACAAUUAUAAAUAUUAAUUGAAUUAAAAAGAAAAUAUAAUCUUUUAAAACGACGUGUUUAUUUAUUUUAUUUAAAAAGUGUAAUUACAAAAACGUACCGUCCAAUGGCAACUUUUUUUACCAUUCCAUUAACGGUUUGUAAUUCAUAUUUUGUAACAACAACGAUCACGCUGGACGUGAUCGCUGGUGGUGAUUCUUUUUUUAAAAAUUCAAAUUAUUUAAAAACUACAAAAGUGUUCUAAUGGCAGUGAAUAAAGAGAAUAAAUACGGAAAUGAAAAAACUACAACUACAAGCAGAAUACCAUUACCAAUACAUCCUUUACCAGCUCUGCCGAAACAUUUAAUGGAAAACAAGAUGCAACCGAAAAAGCUCAUAAUGAAUGAAAGACAUCCGUUAAAAACAUUAAAUAAUCAAUCUCUGUCUGUAGCAGGCCCAAGCAAAUUGAGACAAACAAAGAAAACUGUGCUGAAGAUCGACUCGAGACAUGUAACAUUGCGCCAAGGUAAAGAAGAAUUGGAUUGGGAAUUCAAGGUAUUUAAAGAUGAAUUACAAAAUGACAGUGUCAUAAGUGGAAGCGAAGAUGAAAGUAUUAAUGAUGAAGAAUAUAAGAAAUUUGUGGGGACCCGACGGAAGAAUUCACUUGGUGAACCUCGAACGGCGGUGACUCCUGCGCUGACAUCUUUGGAGCCUAGUAAAGUGAGAAAUAUUAAAAGGAGUUUGAAGAGACCGCACAGUAGAGAACUCCAGGGUUUAUCUCCGGCUAAGGGUCAGGAGAAAGGAGAAGACAAGUUUCGGCGUCAGUUAAGUUUCAAUGAACCGUUAGAAGAGAGACUUUUAUCACCAGAUUUUUUGAAACAGUCCUAUACAAAUAGCUUGAAUCGUGACUACGCAACGGACAUGUUCGUGUACUUGAUCGAAGUGGAGGAGAGGUCUCCCCUGCCCAGGAUAUCGAGUGUCAUGCGCGCAUGCGUCGUAAACUGGUUAAUGAAAGUUCAUGGUCCAGACGGCAAUCCAACUACAAUUCAAUCGGCUUGUUGGUACCUGGACUCGGUGUUAAGCACGGGGCAGGUAGAGGUCCAUAAAUUGCAGUUACUAGCAGCCGCGUGCUACUGGAUCGCGCAAAAACUGAACGGCCCCGUGCUGUCCGCUUCCAGACUGGUUAGAUUUUCCAAUAACGCGUUCUCCUCAUAUGAUUUGAUGAUGGCCGAGAAACAAAUUUUGGAGAGAUUGAAGUUCCCUCGGCAACCAGUUGUAGCUCAAGAGUACAUAUCUUACUUAUCCUGGUGGUGUGACAGCACUCAUCCAGGGAAGAUCGAAGUGGGUGCUACAUUCCUAUGCAUGUGCGGACUCUUGGUGGAUAAGAAUUUGUGCAACGAAUGCCCUUCAGUCGUCGGUGUAGCUGCUGUCAAGAACGCUCUGUACUUACUUAAGAAACCUGCAUUGAUUUUACGACUUAAAAUGUGCCCUGUGUACAAAGCAGCAGAGAAGAAAGCAACAAAUUUAUCAUCAACGUGUUCAGUUCUACGGAGAGCAGCGCGCGCCCUGGCCUCGCCUAUGAACGAGUACAAGGCACCUUUAGAACAAUAUGGCGUACCACCGCACUACAUCGCGCAGAAAAUUAUUAAAGCGGCCAAUGAACUGUGCGCGUCCACGGAAAAAGUUUAUAAAUAAAAUGCAAUAACAUUUUAGGACUUUAUGCUAAUGUUUGUGACGGGGAGUAAAUGGCUUCUAAUUUAAACUCAAAUCGAAGAUACAACAAUAAUUUAUUUUUAGUACUCUCAGUCCCGUUAGGCGAAGGAUUCACGGAACAGAGGGCCUACCGUGAAAUAUUUUCCGAAAAUUCGGGGACGAACGAAACAGAAAUUUUUUAAAGACAAAAAAUUAUUAAAAAUGUUAAAAUAUCGUCCCUUCGGACUUUUAUGAUAGGAUGUAUGACGAACGAAAUGAACUCCAUUUACUGGGUCGAUUUCGGUACGAACAAAAACACGAAAUUGAGCCCGAAAAUUUGGAAUUUCAUUUCAUGGUAGACCACCAGUUUUCAACAGCGCCCGUUGCAUAUGCGCUUCCAUCACUCAUUGAAUAGCGUAUACUGUGGGUACAAAUAUUGGUAUUCAGGGAAUAUUAUAUCUUUGAAACUGAAUAUUAUUAUUAUUAUUUUCCAUGAAAAAGGGGGGAGGGGAAUUAUAGCUAUACUUAUACUAAUUUAAUUAUUAAUUUGUCUGUUUGUGUUAGUCUGAAUAUUUAGAAACAUUUUAUCAUAUUUCGACUCGUAUUUACUGGGGAAAAUUCUAAUUUUUAGUAGUAAAACACUUGAUAAAUGGGAUGAUAUCGUCAUAGUCGUAGAAUACUGACGGAUCUGACAAAGAUUACAUAUAAAGAUCCGUCAGUAUUCUACGACUAUGACGAUAUAUGUGUACGAGUGUUCUGAACCUGUAAUAACGACGAGUGCGAUCGAAAAACACUUUGUGAGUUCGUUGCCUUAUUUUUUAUAUAUACACUGUUUGUUUUGUUUACGACAUACUACUUUUUAUAACCAGCACGAUUAUUUUCAUAAAUUUAACCUCAAAAUAUGUUUUUAAAAAUAUUGUGCGAGAAAAAUUAACAUAAUAAUUAUAAUGUUUGUUAAUAAGAAUUUUAUGCAAGAUAACUGAUACAAAUUUAACUAGUCAAUUUAAAUUUACACUUUAACUGUACUCAUAUUAAGAAAUAUUAUUAAGUAUUUAUUAAUUUAUUGAUAUAAUAGUGACAUUUUUAUAGGAAUGGACAUUUUAUUAUAAUAUAUGAGAAAAAUUAUACAAUUUAUUAAGUUACCAAUGAUCAUGUUUAUAGGUCAUUUUGGCAAUUAUUUCUUGAAAACUAUGUACUAUAUAUAUUUCUAAAGAGUGUUAUUAUAAUGAAGUUUUAAUAUAAUAAGUUUUCAAUAUUUAGGUAAAAUUAAUUAACAAUUAAAUUAUAUUGUGAGUAGAAAAAAGAAAAAAAAAAAAAGAAAUGACUAGAAAUGUGGACUUUAUUUGAAAAUUGUCUUUGACUUUUUAUUAAAAUUUAUUUUUUAUUAUUUAAAACUUACCUGAUUAAAUAACUGACAACAAAUAAGCACUAUGUAAAAACCUAUUAUAACUAGAUCAAUCUUAAAUGUAAACAUAACACCAAUAA